AUGGCGCUGAGCAAGCCCAGUGACACAGAAUCUCCGGGCUACACCUCAGCUCCAAAGCCUACUGAUGUGCAGAACCAAGCCAGUGUGUCUGGUGACGGGAACAUCUCUGUGAUAGCUAGUGGGGACGGUUCUGUUAUUAACAUCAGCCAGAAUCCCAACAACUUAUACUCACAAGAUUCAGGAGGUACAUGUACCUCUAAGCCCUUCCCAUUGGAGGAAUGUCAAGAUGCUCUCAGGAAACACUACAAGAAAAGACGCAGCAAAGUUCAAGUUCUGCCAUGGAAUAAGGAAGACACGGUUGACCUCCAUGAUAUCUUCACCAAUGUGGACCUUCUGGCUCACAGUAAAAGCGGCAGUGAUUUCAAAGGGAAACCACUGCAGUCCAUAUUUGACAUAUUGAAUGGUAGUGAAGAGUGCCCAGAUCCUCAGCACAUAUUGAUAUGGGGUGCAGCAGGGAUAGGAAAGACCACAGUUCUAGCAAAAUUAGUGACAGCCUGGACAGAUGGAUCCUCAGAAGCCUUGGAGAAGUAUGACCUGGUUUUUGAGAUUGCCCUGCGAGAGGUUAAAAAAUCACAGUCAUUAGCUGACUGCAUAUUUAGCCAGCUGUUACCUUAUGAUGUGGGUUUUACCCAAGAUGACCUCUUAGAGUUCAUCAAAGACAAUGACACAGUUCUCAUCAUUCUCGAUGGGUAUGAUGAGUUUGAGGUUGAAGAGUCCCAUGAUAUCUACAGUAUCUACAAUCUCCUCAAUUACAAGAUCCUGCAGAAAAGCAGUGUCAUUGUCACAACAACAACGACACGUGUCUCUGACGUUACCAAACUUAUGGACCCAGACACAAGAGUGGAGAUUGUGGGAUUCAGUCCAGACAACAUGGCCUCCUUUGUUCGUAGCUGGUUCAGCAACAUUGCCAAAAACAAAGAGCAAGGUGAUGCCUUACUGCAAAGGAUCAGCCCCACAAUUCUGUACACAGGCAUCCUAUCAGUGCCUUUCCUCCUAGUCCUGACCUGUCUUCUGUGGGAAGAGGAUAGCAACAUUCCUGUAAGCGACCAGGUCUGCCCUCUUUACAACCAACUGAUAGACUACCUUGUAGCAAGGUACAAGAGAAGAGGUACAAACACUGAAACUUCAAACGUAAUCGAGCAGACACUGUCAUCACUAGGAGAGCUAGCAUUUGACGGUUUGCUAAAAAACACCCUCCUCUUUAGUGAAGAAGAUGUUCACAAAUAUUGUAAGACAGGCCAUGAAACUCCUGUUCACCUGGGCCUCUUGCUUAUGCAGAAGAAACUGAAAUCUAGACUGAAACCUGCCAACCAAUUCUCAUUCUCACACAAGACCAUGCAGGAGUAUUUUGCAGGAAGACACCUUGCAAGCAAACUUCAGAGUCAAGACGAGGCAGCAAGGAAAGACACACUUUGUCGCUGCUUUCCGGAUCUGAAGAGCGUGCUACAGCUUGACAACUUGUUAGUGUUCACUUGUGGAAAACUUGGCCAAGACGCAGCCUUCAUCCUCUCACACCUUGAUGACAUCUACAGUGAGUCCAACGUCAAACAAUUGGAGGAAGAAUUCUACACAUUCUUCAAGACAACACUGCCCUGCAAAUGGGAGACUGACAUAAAACUGAAAGGGGUCUCUGGUGACGUAGAGCUGCCAUUCCUAGGCCAGUGGAACGAUUACCCACACGAGCUUCGCAUCUACCAAAAUAGCGUGGAAGUUUUCUUGCUGUGCAGCUACGAGAGUGGGCUCACAGAAAACUUUGACGAAGUCCUGUUCAAGAGAAACACUAUCCAGUUUUCAGGCGCCAACCCCAGACUGUACAGUGUGCUGUCACUUGUCAUAGCAGAUGGAAAAAAGAAGGUUGAGAGGCUUCGUUUGAUCAACACCCAACACUAUGUCCUUGGCAGUGUCCUAGAACAGCUGCAUGAGCUGUCCAACCUCACUGAGUUGAACCUGCGACAGUCACGACUGGGACAGCAACCAGUCAGCUGUACAACGCCUGACAGGCUGAAGCAAAAGUUCAUGAAAAGACAGAUAUCAAAAGUUGCAGUAGAUGAUGCAGCAAAGGCACCCAGUCUGCUGGCAAAGCAUCUUCCUUCCUUAAGAUUAUUGAAGAAGUUUGUUAUCUCCUGGAACGACCUUGGACCACAGGACAUGAAAGAACUCAUCCCUGCCAUUGAACAGUUACAGGACCUUGAGGAAAUCUUCCUCUCAGGAAAUGACCUGACCGACCUCGGCAAGGAUGUUGCAGAGCUUGUGGCUUCUCUACCCAAGUUGAAAGUCUUCAAAGUGUACUUCUGUCAACUGUGCUUGGAGGAGAUCUUGGAAAUAGCAUCCAGCCUCUGCCGACACUGCCCGGACUUGGAGCUGUUUGAUUUCCAGUUGAAUCCAGUGCAGAGGGGACAGGUGACCUUAAUUGAGGAGGAAGAGAAACAGACUGUAUGCAGAAAGCUUAAUGAAGGAGUAGAAGUAUGCUGGGAAAUCUCCCUAGGUGACUCCCUUGGUGCCAAAAUGUAGGCCACAUUAUUGACGCCAUCUGAGGUUAUUGCACUGUUGUCAUUCCUUAGGUUUUAAGGUGUAGGUCAAAAUAAAAACAAGAAGACCAAGUUUCAUAGGAGAAUAGCUUUAUAUUCAAUGAUAGGCCGUAC